UGAAGAAGAGCGCACAAACAUCGCAGCCGGAGCGGUAGGAGACUCACUUUCAGGUCCCAGGCGGUGCGCGUACGCCGAUGAGGAUGAGACGAUCAAUGCAGAGCUACGUGGUUUCCAGUUAAUGUAUUAGAUCGAUUCAUUCGUCGUAUGUCUUCUUGAUCUGCUGUAUUGUCGGUCGCCUCCCUUUGGUUCGCCUCUGCUCGGAUUAUUUGUUUGCCAUCCUGCUCUGUGUCCGGGAUCCCGCAUGGAAGCGGCGGGGGAGGCAGCGGCGAGUCGUUCCAAGGGCGGGGAGCGGAGACCGUUACCCGGCGUCGCGGCGCCCGACGAGACGGACGCUGUCAUCGCUGUCAGCCAGGGCUCGGACGCCGUGGACAUAGAUGUCACAGCUAAGAAGUCGGUUAUAACAGAGCUGGUCUCCGCCACUGCUCCAGGGAAGAGGAUUGGUCAUCGGGGAGUGGACGCGUCGGGGGAGACCACUUACAAGAAGACCACGUCUUCCGCCCUAAAAGGGGCCAUCCAGCUGGGCAUCGGGUACACUGUGGGCAACCUGAGCUCCAAACCCGAGAGAGAUGUUCUCAUGCAAGACUUCUACGUGGUGGAGAGCAUCUUCUUCCCCAGUGAGGGCAGCAACCUGACCCCAGCUCAUCACUUCCCCGACUUCCGCUUCAAGACCUACGCCCCCGUGGCCUUCCGCUACUUCCGGGAGCUCUUCGGCAUUCGGCCCGACGACUACCUGUACUCCCUGUGUAAUGAGCCGCUGAUCGAGCUCUCCAAUCCUGGGGCCAGUGGCUCUGUCUUCUACCUCACCAAGGAUGACGAGUUCAUCAUCAAGACCGUCAUGCACAAGGAGGCUGAAUUCCUGCAGAAGCUGUUGCCCGGCUACUAUAUGAACCUGAACCAGAACCCCCGCACGCUGCUGCCCAAGUUCUUCGGGCUGUACUGCGUCCAGUCGGGGGGGAAGAACAUCCGGGUGGUGGUGAUGAACAACGUGCUGCCGCGGGUGGUGCGGAUGCACCUCAAGUACGACCUGAAGGGCUCCACGUACAAGCGGCGUGCCUCCAAGAAGGAGCGCGAGAAGGCCAGGCCCACCUUCAAGGACCUGGACUUCAUGCAGGACUUGCCGGACGGCCUGAUGCUGGACGUGGACACCUACGGGGCGCUGGUCAAGACCCUGCAGAGAGACUGCCUGGUCCUCGAGAGCUUCAAGAUCAUGGACUACAGCCUUCUGCUGGGGGUGCACAACAUGGAUCUUGCGGAGCGUGAGCCGGAGGGCGGUGGCUCGCAGGACGUCGGCGACGAGAAGCGGCCCAUCACCCAGAAGGCCCUGUACUCCACCGCCAUCGAGUCCAUCCAAGGGGGCGCGUCCUGUGGGGAGUCCGUGGACACAGACAACACGAUGGGCGGCAUCCCAGCGGUCAACGGCAAGGGGGAGCGACUCCUGCUCUUCAUUGGAAUCAUCGACAUCUUGCAGUCAUACAGACUGAUAAAGAAGUUGGAGCACACAUGGAAAGCUCUCGUUCACGAUGGGGACACUGUCUCGGUCCACCGACCUAAUUUCUACGCAGACAGAUUUUUCAGGUUUAUGAGCAGCACAGUCUUCAAGAAGAACUCCUCCUUGAAAUCGUCGCCUUCCAAGAAGGGACGCCUUGCUUUGACUGUCCCCAAAUACCCGGGCCCCGGGGCGGCGUGGUCGGCCUCCCAGCUGCCCUGUGAGCAGGACGAGAAGAUGUAUGACCUGCGCGGAGCCCACAGCUUCCCCACGCUGGAGAACGAGGUCCGGCCAGAUCUCCUGCCCUGCGCCCUUCCCUCCUUUGAGGAGGCCAUGAUGGCCUCCGCUGCAACCACCUUGUCUUCCACCACCUCUCUCACCAACCCAGAGCGCUCUCCUCCGGACGCUGAGCGCCUCCGCUACAGGAGACACCCCCAGGCAUCCAAUCAGGACGUCAGGGCUCAGGAGGAGCCUGGUGUCCGUGAGGAAGACCAGCAGACCAUCACUGUGGAGGUGGAGACACAGAGACCCAGCAGUGAGCUCACAAUCAGCACCCCCGCGGCCUCCCCGGAGACCAGCCAGCCGCCCGAGGCCCAGGCCCAGGCCGAGGCCCAGGCUGCCUCCGCCCCCGACACGUCCGCCCCCGCACCAUCCAGCCCCCGGGUGACCGAAGAGCCCGACGUCACCAGCCAGCUGUCAGAAUGCGCCAGCCAAGCCUCCGCGGAGGGGGAGGACGACGUGCCAAUCAGCGACAUCUUCAUCCCUCCCGAGGACAGUUGGGUGUACUCUCCUCUGCACUAUGGCACGGAGUCUUGGUCCAUGUCAGACAGAGACAGGGAGAGCGUAAGUGCCUGGGCUUUCCUGCACGCUUCCUGUCCAUAAGUAAAGCUGACUGCUACCGAAGCCAGGCCAGGUCUGCCGCUACAGAUGGAGCCGGAGUCUGAAGUGGCCGUGUGGCCCUGGGGGGUGUGAAUGAGAGGUCUGGAAUAGCCUGAUCCGUGCCCCUUGUCGUUAUGCACGCAUAUGUACAUGGUGGAUGGGAAUUCCAGCCUGAUCCAAAAGUGCAUCUCCCUCCCCUCAGCAUAUGGUCACACCUGUUCCAACAGCGCCCCCUCUCUGACCGGCAUGUGAAUUACAGGAAGAUGUUCGUAGGAAAGGUUUUUGUGUAUUUUCCAAACAUAUUUUAAUACUGUGAAUAUUUUAAUAACACUUUAUGCCAUAAAACAUGUGUGAGCGCUACAGAUGAUCGAAAUGGUUUUAUUGUAAAGCUUUUUGUUUUGAUCUGGUUUUUAGAGGAACGACAGUUCGGCUUCAUGGAAGGAAACGCUCUCGCCCCCUUUUAAAAGAAUUUUUGCAAAAAAUGUGAAGGUUUGCCUCCGAAGUGGUGUCUUUCGUUUUAGGAACUCAUUGCAUUUUUCGGGCAUUUUUGUGGUAAUUCAUUACUUGUCUUAAUUCUCAUUUAUGAUCUGUAAACAUUAUUUUUUAAUAUAAGGUAUUUAUAUAAUGUGUAUAACUAUAUAACCCUAAUUAUAAAAUAUACCAUGAGUAUUAAGACCCUGCUCCAUUGUUCAUCCUCCCCUGAGCACGUGUGACGUUGGGGUCCUUAAUGUAAAACGGAGUAUUAUAUUUUCAAAGUCAGACCAUCGGUUAUCUGCUGUAGUGUCUUCCAGGGAGCAGGUUAGUUUUGGAGACGUGCAUCAAGGCCUUCUCAGUGUCUUGGUGGUGAACAUCCAAUCUGAGGUCUGCAGUAGUGCUGUGCAUGGCAGGUGACACACAGGUAGUAGCUGUCCUUGGAGGGUGGCAUUGCCCAGCCCUUUAGGGGCUCGAGAAGGAGUAACGGAGCAGCUGCAGGGACGCCGGAUGGAAGGCCCUCGCUCGAUCGCUCUGCGCGAAUCACUGCCAUGUUUCGAUUGGCGUCUCAGACAUUCCUCACCAUGAUCUCCAUCAUGGCUUAUAGUUCAUGUCUGUCUAAGUAUUUUCAGCUGCUCUUUGCAAAAUCAGUCAGCGUUUGAGUGCUGUUUUCAGCGGUUAGUGAAAAUGCAUCCACUCUGCCACCCUGUUUGAUAGGCUGCCUUUGUAUUAAAGAGCAGUGUUCAGGAACAGCAUUGCAUUCCUCCAUACCAUGCAGUUGAAAUAUAUGUGUGGUUACACAUAUGAAUGGUACCUACUAGGGUUGCGCGAUUUUGGAAACGUUUCAAAUAUCGUCAUACAAUUUUUUUGCGAUAAAUAUUGCGAUAUUUAUAAAACGAAAAAGGAAUGGAAAAAUUACCCAAACUAAGCUAUAUCCAAAUAGAACUUGUUAUCUAUCAGUAGAAUCUAUUAUAUAAGUUGGUGAUGUUGCCGCGAGUUUUGCUCAAUAUCGUCUCUGUGGAAUGCAAAAUAUUUUGAUACGGCCAAGAACGAAUGUCUUUGGGGACCAGGUUUGUUCCGUUUUUUUUCCCCCUCCUCUUCACUUCUUUUUGUUAAAUUUCUCACUAACACGCCUCGCUUUCCAUGAGCGAGUCCGACAGUUAGGACAUAAAGCAGCAGCAAACUUUACACUUUUUUUUAAUUUAUUUUUUUUAUAAGGCCUAUUAAAUAAUUUUGAGAAGGACCAACCAUUCGAAUUGCAAAGCUUGCAAAAUUUGGGUCCCCGUGACAGAGUAAAAAUGCUACAGCGAAACUUAAUGAUGAUUUCUCGCUCGGCAAAUUUUAUUUUUAAGAUGUACUGUCAAAAUACUGUACGCCAUGCUAUAAUGUCCGGAUGGUGUAACUUUGUGAAGAAUGUGAUACUGCCCAAGCCGAAUGUCAACCCAGCUGACUAUCACGGUCCUUGCAGUGUGACAACUGCAUGUGCACAACAUGCGAUGUCAGUAUUAACAUUGCACAUGUGCAGGCCCAGUCCCUUCAGUUUGACUGCCUUAUCAAUACCCAGAAGAGCAAGAUGCCCCUUUUACUAACAUGAAUUUUCAAGCCAUGUUUCAAUAAUGGAGUCCUCGAGACGUGUAUAUAACAAGAAAUGUACAUUAUGCGUAUAAAUAUAUAUAUAUUUUUCAUUUGAGACAGAGAACGGUCUAUUUUAUUUGUGCUAGGAAGAAUUAAGAUCCCAGUGGAUUUCCUGUACUCUUCAUAUUGAGAUGCAGCUAUAAUUUCUGUACAUAACUCGGAUUAUUAAUAUUUUUGUUUGUAAACAAGUCCUAACUCCGGGCUUGCUGGAUAUGUGUGCUGCAGCGGUCUCCAGCCAGAAGUACCCUGACUUCUGUGUGCCCGUGUCUGUACGCAUGUAUGCGAGUGCGUCUGUGUGCGCGUACAUCUGUGUGUACACAUUUGUGGGUUUUCAAAAUGCUGUGCACCCUCCUUUUGGGAUUCCAUAGCAUGAUAUCAUGUGAAUAUGUGCAUUGGGAACAUGUAUGUAUCAUGUAUGUACCGAUCUAUUUAUGCAUUGAUGUAAAUAGAUGGUUAUUUUGUGUUUUGACUGUAAAGACCAGAAUCAGUUCAGAAUAAAAGCGCUUCUUGUAUAAAAUAGUGUAUUUGUGUGUUGCCUAUUUGCCUAUGUGAAUAAAUUAGACUGUGUAACUUCGGUACGCGAGUGGGAAAUGCUGUCUGUUUUUCUCGUGCUGGUGUCAAUGACAUGCUGUAAAAUAAAGGUCGUUUCUUCCCCACAGUUUCGGAAAUGUUCUCAUGAGAGUCCGUGUAACUACCGUGAUGCUUUUUACAUUACCGCUCAUUGUACUGUAAAGACUACUCAGCUAAAAUCUGUGUAGACAUUCUGUCAGUUAAAAGUACUGUAUGUAAAGAAAUAAAAAAGAAACGCAAAAACAUGACUAUUAUAACCGUCUCUCGGUUGGUUGCAUGAAGCCUCAACACAGCAGCAAUACUGAUUUUAAAAAGGGGGGAGAUGUCUUGGUGACUUUAAUGACCUACUGCUGUUCAGAGACGUUUCCUGUUCUCAUGUACUGUACACAGGAGCUGGGUCUGAACUAGUGCAGAAAAUGACCAAUAUUGAACUGUUACAAAUAUGUAAAGAGUGAAUUAUGCAUUAUGGCUGAAAGUGGAGUGUGCUACCUUUUGGAUAAUUCGGAUGUGUAUACUUCUACAUGUUUUGCACUGCAUUGCAAAACGCCCCUUGAUUAUGCAUUAAGUAUAUAAAUAAGUGUGUCAAAAUUACUGAUGCAUUUUACUUAUUUUUUAAUAAAUGUUUAGGAUAAGACUAACAUUUUUCCACAAAGAUGUUAAAAUAUGUGAAUUCUGGUUAUUUGCCCAUAUUGCGGCUAAUUGUAUUGUGUUUUUUUUUUGUAAAAUACUAUUGUUAUGCUUAUUUUUCUUUUUACUUAUUGAUCUUGGGAAUUACCUUGGUGGUGUGUUAUUUAUCUUAGGCACAGAGAAGUAAUAAUUUCUGAUAUAACUAUGCUGUAUUAUUGUUCUUCAGUUUUAUUUAUUAUAUUGGACUGUUUUUCUCUGUAGGACGUGUAGCACCCGAUUAUCCCUGAAAACAGUAACUAAACCAAACUCCUGUAAUAACUUGCAGAUGUAUGACUUUUAAAAAAUAUGUAUAUACCAUGUACAUUCAAAAAUAAUGACAUUGGAGAAAAAUAAUAAAAUCGUUA